AGCUGGUUCAAAGUUAACCGGCGAAUGCAAGCCGUGAGGCCAGCCUGCGCGAAGCGUGUGCGCAGCGGCCCAUGUCGCAGUCCAGCAAGUCUGACCUCUUCUCCAAGCAGUCCGUGGAGUCCACGGGCAGCAGCACGGGCCAUGAGGGCAUCGACAACGCCAUCGCCGGCCUGGAGAAGAGGAUCCGACCAACAAGAAAAUGGAGUCCAGCAACGCCGAAAUCGCGAUGCAUAUCAACUCGUUGUCCGAGCGGCUCGCUAAGGUGGAGAGGGCGCCGAUGGCCGCCAAGGCGUGGGCGCCGAAGCAGCAGACGAAGUCCAGGGUCGACCUCGAGUGGAUGCGCGACCAGCAGCGCGACCAGCACCGCGACGACCGCAGCGAGGGUGGCAAAAGCCAGGCGAGCCAGGGCUCGAUGUUCACGGACGUGGACCCAGACCGCAUCGACCCCGACGAGCGGCAGCGCCACUACUCCGACUUCCUCGCCGUCACCGAGAAGAACAUGAAGUGUGUCGGCGUGCUCUCCUGGAGCAUGUGCAGGGCCACCCGCCAGAGCUCCACGUUCUGCGGGGCGCUCCUCGGCAUGCUGCCGUGCAUCCUGAUCGUGAUCUUGCAGUGCGUCAUGUUCCACGCCGUCAGCCUACAGGCCCUGAAUCCCUCGUGCAAGCAGAACGCGGACUGCCGGGCGGGCAUGUGGUGCGCGCCGACCAGGGGCUUUACGAUGUACCAGAGCACCCCUGGCAAGUGCGAAGACUGCCUGUGGGCCAAGAGGAUGCAGGACGAGGAGUUCACGAAACUCCCAUCGUGGUUGCGCAAGGAUGCCUACGACGUCAUGGACCCCUUCGCACUCGCUACCGCCGCGAGCUACUGCGAUGCGUACGUGGCGGCCAACGAGGCGGACGAAAGGUGCGACUACCUCGACAGGUGGCACGACCACCUCACCCUGGGCCCCUUCCUCGUCGUCAUCACCGUGAUCGCCGUGGUGCUCCACGUGGUCACCGCGGACCUGGACCAGGACGAGGCCUGCCUCGACGUGUUCGUCUACCGGCUCGACAGGGUGGCGGAGUUUGGGUGCUGCCAACGCGGUAUUAUCCGCACUAUUGCCUCGAUCGUCUUCAACGUAAGGACGUUCGUGCUGCCGGGCAUGGUCACGCGCACAUACAUCGCGCUUGUUUUGACAGGGCCCCCCGCCCCGGGGCUCGCCGCGCUGCCCGUGGCCGGCGUCCUCGCGGGGGUGGCCGUCCUCCUGGUGCAGCUGGCCGACCGCCUGUUCGGGCUGGUGCUCCUGGACUCCACAUGCCGAGCUCUCCCCGAGCCUCGCCGCCCCGCGGAGCGUUGAGCGGCGCGCGCUCUCCGCUCGGAGGGUGCAGAGUGCCGCCGGGGCCGCGGCCUUUUUUUUAAUAGAUUUGUUAUUGUAUUUUAGAGUGAAAUAGAGUGAUUUAGGGUUCUGGUGCACCACGCUCCGGCGCGGCACACUGACCGUGUCCCAGCCCGGUGAGCGUCAGCGCCUCGAUCUGUUUCCAGCUUCCCGCCCUGCGGAGCGGAGCGACACGCUGUCUGCUCGCAGGGCGUGGCGUCUCGCCGGCGCCGUCGCCGCGACACGCUAAGCGAGUAAUUGUGUUUCCUUCUCCUGUCUCCUCCUCCUUCUCCUCCUCCUCCUUCUCCUCCUCCU